AUGACGAAAGUCGACUCAAACUACAUCACCAUUAAUAACGAUGUAAUCGCCUAUAAGAAGAGAAGUGGCAAUCGUCUACAUGAAUCUAGACAUUGGUGGAUGCUGCCCCUUCUUCUGUACGUCCUCCUUAUUGUAAGACAUUCAACUCCGUACAUACUUACAAGUGGAGAUGCGGAUAACAGCAAUGGAGCUCUUCAGAGUUAUUCUCCAUUGAGAACUUUUCUAAUUCCGAGUUUUGUUCCAGAAAGACAGGAUAGUGAAGAUCUCGGAGGAGGAGGCCUAUUACGUCGUUCAUGGCUCGACGCAUGGCGCGACGCUUUCCCGACUAAACCUUAUGCACCACCAUGUGGACAUUGCCAGUGUGCUACAAUUCCAACGUGUGCUUGUCAAGGGAGCAGAAGUAUAGAACCAAUAAUCGACCACAUCUCGAACGGAGCAGUGGUAACGUGUUCACAUCCAUUUUACCCAGUUACAAUGGAAUGUAGAACUGGAGAUAACUGGAUAGAAGAGGACCUGGUGCACACAGACAAUAAGAUACAUUGA